UCUUCAAAGAUGGCGGCGCCGAAUUUGAAUGUCCCUUCCUAUUUCUCUGUGCCUACAGAUUCCAAGAGACUUGAUUUACAACCUCCAUCAUCUUUUGAACGACUGUCGUCAACUGACCCUUAUCAUUCAUUAGCAGAUGCCACAAAGAAGAUUUUAGACUUAAAAGUUGAGAACCAGAAAUUAAGGGAAGCAAGACAAGCAACUCUCAACAAAGCAGAGCAGGAGAUCAAAGCAACCAUUGACCUGCAUCACAGUGGAAGACCGUCAGAGCUGCAGUUACAUCAAAGCAAUGAUGUUAUCGCACGACAAGCAUCAGAAAUCGCACAGCUCAAGGUCGAGUUGAAAUUCCUACAAGAACAGCAUGCCAGGGAACUGAGGGAAUCUUACGAGAAAAAGACGCGACAAGAGCUGGAGCACAGUAGGAGUAUUUUGGAGUUAGAGAGCCAAAUGAAAAUGUCUGAAAAUAUGUAUCAGAAAGAGCUUGCACAACUGAAAUUAUGCUAUGGGAAUAAGAAGGAGGAGACUGAAGCAACAGUUUCUCAGCUGCAGAGGGAGUUAGAAUCUAGAAAAUCUCAGUACCAUCGUGACAUUGAAGAACUACAAAAUAGAGUUGGCAAAAAGGAAGCCGACUAUGACAGAUUUUUACAACAACUUCAACAACAGCUGAGUGUUAAAGAGAGUGAAAUUGAAGGAUUACAGUCAAAGGUAUCACAGUUAAAGACAUAUAUAGGAGAUGCAAUACCCAGCACAACAACUACAUCAGCAUGGAAAUUAGAAAAACAAAACUUUGAAAAAAAAUUGCAAGGAUUACAGAAAAACAACGACAAUAUGCAAUCCUCAACACAGUAUUUAAAUAUCCGCCUCACCUCCCUGAAUGAAAUUCUAACUAUACAAGAAAAUGAACUCAGUAAAAGUAAAACAGACCAAGCUGACAGUAAUCAGAGAAAACAAAAUCUGCUCAAUAAAUGGCGUGAGAAAGUUUUUAGUCUACUAGUUCAGCAGAAGUCUCAAGACAUAGUUUCCAAGAAAGACUAUUCUAACUACAAACUACAGUUAAACAAACUAGAAGAAGAAUUGUCAAGUUGUCAGAAUGAAUGCAGUAUGCUACAACACACAGUGAGAGAUAAAGAUGCUCAACUUCAAAUGGAAAAAUCUCAAAACAAGUCUUUACAAGAAGAAUUGUCAUCUCUCCAAGAGGUGGCUGCAGUGUUGGAUUGUAAACUUGAAGAAAGUGAGCAAUUGGUGGGUGAGCUGAAAGAUUUUGUCAUGAGUGUUUCUGAAAGAAAUAGAGAACUAGAAAAUACUCUGCAAACUGCUAUUACCAAAAUGCUAUCCUAUGAGAAAAGAAUAGACUUUGCCAAUGGUAGAUUGCGAAUGUUACAAGGGUUAAUAGCCAGACGAGAAACUGUGUACAAAAUGAAAAUAGAGGAAUUAACGAAUGAAGAAGAAGAUGAUGGUGGAUUGGUCCAACAACCACCUGUAUCUGCUCUGUCUGCUCCAUCGAGUUUGAAGGAAGAUCAGUUGUCAAAAGAAUUACAGCGUGUGACAGCAGAAAGAGAUAGACUUGCUGUCCAGAUACAAGAAGACAAUGAAAUCAUACAGCAACAAGUUAACAAAGCUAAGCAAAAAUUUGAAAAACAGUUACAAGAUUCUCUUAGAACAAUUGAAGAACAAAAAACAUUAUUACAAGAAAAAUCUAGGAAAAUAAGUCAGCUUAGUGAACAACUAACUGAUGCUGAAAAUGAAAAUCAAGAAGCCAAAGAAACCAUUGAAUCUUUAAAAACCAAUCUCGCAAAAGAACAAGUUUCCAUGAAUAAAGGUAAGAACAUGACCUUUUCACACGUAUUACAAAAUGCUUGA